UGCAUAGAAGAAAUGAAACGUGAAGCCAGACCUAUUAAGAUUGACAGAAGACUGACAGGUGCAAAUAUAAUUGAUGAGCCUUUGCAACAGGUAAUCCAGUUUUCCCUGAGAGACUAUGUGCAGUAUUGGUAUUACACACUAAGUGAUGAUGAAUCAUUUCUUCUGGAAAUCAGGCAGGCUCUUCAGUAUGCACUUGUUCAGUUUUCUGCCAGGUCUAAGGAAACAGACUGGCAGCCUUAUUUCACUACACGACUUGUUGAUGACUUUGGCACUCAUCUUCGAGUUUUCAGAAAAGCUCAGCAAAGAAUAGCAGAAAAAGGUGAUCAGAUAAAAGACCAAGCAGAGGAACUUGUAGAUACAUUCUUUGAGGUUGAAGUUGAAAUGGAAAAAGAAGUCUGUCGUGAUCUAGUCUGCACUUCUCCCAAAGAUGAAGAAGGAUUCCUAAGGGAUCUGUGUGAGGUUUUACUGUAUAUAUUGCUACCUCCUGGAGACUUCCAGAACAAGAUCAUGCGAUACUUUGUCAGGGAAAUCCUCUCCCGAGGAAUUCUUCUUCCAUUAAUAACCCAGCUCAGUGAUCCUGAUUAUAUUAAUCAGUAUGUCAUAUGGAUGAUUCGUGAUUCCAACUGUAACUAUGAGGCCUUUAUGAAUAUUAUUAAAUUAAGUGAUAAUAUAGGCGAGUUGGAAGCAGUGAAAGAUAAAGCAAGUGAAGAAUUGCAAUAUCUUCGAUCUCUAGAUACAGCAGGAGAUGAUAUCAACACUAUAAAAAAUCAGAUAAACAGUUUAUUAUAUGUUAUUAAAGUAUGUGAUUCAAGAAUUCAGAGGUUGCAGUCAGGAAAAGAAAUAGAUACUGUGAAACUGGCAGCAAACUUUGGAAAACUUUGCACAGUCCCUCUGGACCAUAUUCUGGUAGACAAUGUUGCACUACAGUUUUUCAUGGAUUACAUGCAGCAGACUGGUGGCCAAGCACAUCUGUUUUUCUGGAUGACAGUGGAAGGAUACAGGGUUACAGCACAGCAACAGCUGGAGGUACUUCAAAGCCGGCAGAAAGAUGGAAAACAUCAGACUAAUCAAACCAAGGGUCUAUUAAGAGCAGCUGCAUUUGGAGUUUAUGAGCAAUAUUUAUCAGAAAAGGCAUCUCCAAGAGUUAAUAUUGAUGACAACUUAGUAGCAAAACUGGCAGAAACACUGAACCAUGAGGAUCCAACACCUGAAAUCUUUGAUGACAUUCAGAGAAAGGUGUAUGAAUUGAUGCUGCGAGAUGAAAGAUUCUACCCUUCAUUCAAACAGAAUGUGUUGUAUGUGCGUAUGUUAGCUGAGCUGGAUAUGCUGAAGGAUCCUAGUUUCAGAGGAUCAGAUGAUGGUGAAGGAGAAUCUUUUAAUGGGUCUCCUACUGGCAGCAUAAAUCUGUCCUUAGAUGACCUUUCAAAUGUACCUUCUGAUGAGACAAUUCAACUCCAUGCAUACAUCUCAGAUACUGUCUAUGCUGACUGUGACCCAUAUGCUGUGGCAGGAGUGUGUAAUGACCACGGCAAGACAUAUGCACUGUAUGCUAUCACAGUCCAUCGGCGAAAUCCAAACAGCGAAGAGACAUGGAAGACAUAUCGACGCUACAGUGACUUCCAUGACUUUCACAUGAGGAUCACUGAGCAGUUUGAAAAUCUUGCAAAUAUACUGAAACUUCCUGGAAAAAAGACAUUUAACAAUAUGGACAGAGAAUUUUUGGAAAAGAGGAAAAAAGAUUUAAAUGCAUAUUUGCAGCUGUUGUUAAAUCCUGAAAUGAUGAAAGCUUCUCCAGCUUUAGCCCAUUAUGUGUAUGACUUCCUGGAGAAUAAAGCCUACAGCAAAGGGAAGGGGGAUUUUGCACGGAAGAUGGACACAUUUGUAAACCCACUGCGUAACUCUAUGAGAAAUGUAUCAAAUGCAGUCAAGUCUCUCCCUGACAGCCUGGCAGAGGGAAUGACUAAAAUGUCAGACAACAUGGGUAAAAUGUCAGAGAGAUUGGGACAAGACAUAAAGCAAUCAUUUUUCAAGGUGCCUCCUUUGAUCCAGAAAACGUAUUCAGAUCCUGACCAUUGCCGUGUUGCAGCACCAAUUGAUGACAAUGUGGAUGACAAUAUUCCGCUGAGAGUAAUGCUCCUCCUUAUGGAUGAAGUCUUUGAUUUAAAGGAAAGAAAUCAGUGGUUAAGAAGAAAUAUAAAAAACCUGCUUCAGCAGCUUAUUAGAGCAACAUAUGGUGACACAAUUAAUAGAAAAAUAGUUGAUCAUGUUGAUUGGAUGACAUCUCCUGAGCAAGUAGCAGAUGCGGUGAAACGCUUCAGAGAUGCUUUUUGGCCCAACGGCAUUUUAGCAGAGACUGUUCCACGGAGGGACAAAGCUAUUAGAAUGAGAACAAGAGUGGCUGGAAAGACCAAAUUACUGGAGGUAAUGCCAGAUGAACUGAAGCACAUCAUAGGCGCUGAGACAACACGGAAAGGCAUUCUUCGGGUCUUUGAAAUGUUCCAGCACACUCAGCUGAAUAAAAGAAUGGUGUAUGUGUUUCUGGAGAGAUUCCUAGAAACCUUAUUUCCACAAAAUAAAUUCCAUGAGCUCUUCAACAAACUGCAUUCACGGUCAAAGCAGAUGCAGAGGUAUAAGCAGAGACUACAUUCUACUCAAGCGCCUUCCUUACAGAAAAGUUCAACCACUACCAGAAGGGUUUGUGUGUCUUAA